AUGAGAUUGCCAGAAAUUUCCAUUUGGAAAGUGAUACUACUGCUUAACUUGUUUGCUCUACAAGAACUACAACUUGUCUCCGCUGCAAAUUUGCCCUCUUUAUCAAGUACUACAAAGGCAGCAGAUAGCUCCAGUAAAGCCAGUUCUGCAGCUAAGACAACGACCUCGUCAGGCCAAAGCUCGGUAACCAGCAAAGAUGUUUCCUCAAGCCAUAAUAUUACCUCGAGCACUAAAAUGCCCAAAAUUACUUCGAGUGCUAGUACAAGUGUAUAUUCCAACUCUAGUGUAUGGAGCAACAACAGCGUAAUAUCAACUUCAUCUAUUACGCCUUCCAGCGUUUUUAUCCCAGUUACAGACGGGAAUAAGUUCCUAUAUCAGGCUCAUCAUCCCAAUGGUACUGUAUUCAUCGCGUUUGCAGGUUGUUUAGGUGCCAUUCUAUUAUCGCUAACGGGUGCUUGGAUUGCAUUGAGUAUAAAGUCAUGGCGAAGUGCUAGAAGGGAAAACAAGUUGAGAAACUUAGAAAAUCAAUACCAGUACGACCCGUUCUACUUUCAAGCAAACUCUAAUGAUGACGAAAGUGAAACAUCCUCCCAUUCUGACGACAGUGACAUAUCAGAAAAAGUUCUGAAAAACAAUUCAUCUCGUAUGAGUUUGUAUACUCUAGGGUCCACUUCUGUUUUGAACCUUUUAAACAAUAAAACAGAUGCCAACGAUAACUUUAGGGCAUCCAUGUUUAUCUCACCAACCGAAAUCCUACAAUGUGACGCCAACAAUUCUAAUACAUGGUCUCAGCAAAGCAAUGACAGCGCGAUAUAUGAUUCCUUGUCCAGCACUCCGAAGGAACCUGGUGCUACCCAAAUACUUGGAAAGUUUACAGACAGCUCCAAUCCGUUCAAUUAUGCAUCGUACAGUCUAAACCCUGAGGCUGGAGAUCGUUCUACUCCAAAAUCGAAUGUUAGUCAGGGAAAAGUAAAAAAGUACCGUCCUCCCAGUGUUCAUCUGGAUCAGUUACUCGACGGUGAUGAGUAA